AGCCAGAACCACGACUCCCAGCAUUCCUGGCGCUCGCCGCUCUCCUUGCUUCCUCUUCCGGUUCAGGGGCUACUGAAACCGAAAGUGCGAUGCUGUGGCCGCCGCCGGGGUGAUUUUCACCUUCGCCUGCGCGAGCCCUCGCUGACCCAGGUUGGGAAGCCGGACAAGAGUAAAAUAUGAACGGAAGAGUGGAUUGCUUGGUUACUGAGGAGGAGAUCAAUCUCACUAGAGGACCCUCAGGGCUGGGCUUCAACAUCGUCGGUGGCACAGAUCAGCAGUAUGUCUCCAAUGACAGUGGCAUCUUCGUCAGCCGCAUCAAAGAGAACGGGGCUGCAGCCCUGGAUGGGCGGCUCCAGGAGGGUGAUAAGAUCCUCUCGGUAAACGGCCAAGACCUAAAGAACCUGCUGCACCAGGAUGCUGUAGACCUCUUUCGUAAUGCAGGCUAUGCUGUGUCCCUGAGAGUGCAGCACAGGUUACAGGUGCAGAAUGGGCCUCUAGGACAUCACGGUGAAGGGGAGCCAAGUGGUAUUCCCAUAACUGUGGUGCUGGUGCCCGUGUUUGCCCUCAUCAUGGUAGCAGCCUGGGCCUUCAUGAGAUACCGGCAACGACUUUGAAAGGCUUGCUUUCUUCCAGUGCUCCCGGAGAAGAAGAUACAUUUCUCUCUUUCUCUCACCCUCCUCCCCUGCCAUUCUCCCAUAACUUUCCCUCUCUCUACAUAGCCAACACACAAUUUAAAGAGACUGCUACCCAACCAGAACCUUGCUGCUCAAAAUCUCUAAAUCCUCAUACUCUGGUGGGAGAGUAAAGGCAUUGUUUGAAGGAAUGCUGAAAGAAGGACUUGCUUAGAACAAAUGAAGAGUUAUAUAUUUUACUAGGACCACCAAUAGAAGUUCAGCUGCAACCCAGAGAGGGAGAGGUCCAGUCUUCCCAUCACCAUGCGUGAUUCCUUUUUUCUUACCUGGCAUGUGUCAAAGAUCAGCUGUAAUAAGAGGAAGAAAGGAUUUUUCUCUUCAAUGAUCUUCAUUGGGAAGUUUUUGUGUCCUUUAUUUAAUUUCUAACUACCUACUGGGCACCUACUUUGUAUCAAACAGAGGUGAAUGAAGAGAGAAUUUCUACUUUUUUAAGAAAGCAAAAAAAAUACACACACACACAUACAUACACUUAUUCAUAUAUGAUAGUAUAAUAGUGAUGCCUUAUGGAGAAUUAAAGAGAAAUAACUCUGGUUUCUGGGUUUCUGAUGUAAGAAUUAAGGGAUAAUCUUAAUUGAAGAAUUCGAUACAUAGCAGGAGUGAGAGAGUGAGCCUUAAGAGAGGAUGCAGCUAAUUAAAAAUCUUAGAACAAUAUUUCUUCUCAUAAUAGCUGCGGUGAAGUUGAGGUAAAAUGACAUAAUCCAGCUUUGUGCAAGUCAGUCUGUUUAAAAAACUCGGGAGAUGUAAAUAUAAACCUUACUAAUCUCUGGGCUACCCUAGUGACUGUUUUGGUACCUUACAGACCUGAUAAAGGAUCAGCUGGAAUGACUGUGGUCAGAGCUAUAACUAUGACGAUGGGGCCAAACCAACCCAGUGAAAAAACUCAGGCUAUCUACCAGUCUUGUUUCGACUAACAGGCAAAAUCUGAGAAAGGGACUGCUGCCAGCAGGAUGGGCAUGAAAUCAGCUCUGCUUCAAUUCAGUUAAGUUGAAAGGAUUUGGAUUGCUACUGUUUUUUGAAAGGUUCUGAACGCUGGUUAUGGCUUUUAAUGAAUAAAUCAUUUUGCGGGGAAGGCUUAGAAAAGAGUUUUGUUUGUUUUAGCGGCUAGGGAAGUUUGGUGGAUGUUUCAAGGAGAAGCCUUACGGAUGAAUGGAUGUUAGGGAAUACCAAGGAGAUAAAUGAGGUGGGAACCCUCCUGUUCGUGUGGUAUUGAAGGUUGGUUUUAAAGCACUAAGGAGAGCUGAACCAAGACUAAUUUUCUGGCUUAAAGAAAAUCAUUUCCAUCCUCUAAAUAUACUGGCCAGGCUAUAGGCUUUAUAUAAUCUUGACAGCAAGAGUAUGAAGACUUUCCCUCAGGCAGUCAGUUGUGUCCAAUUUUUAGCAUGGACCAUCUGGUAAGAAUUUUAUAAAUGUUGAUUGGACAUCAGCUUUGUUAUGACUUUUACAAAGAAGCAAAAUACUUAGCCUCCAUUCCUAAAGGGUUUUUUUUUUUUUGGUUCCAGUUGGGAAUAGAACACCUUUACACAUAAAAUAAUAAACAAUUACCUCCAUAGGCAAGGCAAUGUAAGUUAGUGUCAAAUUUAUAUUGCAAACCAAAGGGAACGGUUACUGAGAAUAGAGGCACUUGAGAAAGUUGCAUGGAGGAAGGGAACAAGUUAAGGACCCUUGAGGAGCUCACAGUCAAGAGAAUUCAUAAAUAGAUGAGAAGUUAAAAGUAUAUCAUCAGGUUAAGUAAUAGUUGAGAACAAUAAUAAAAGAAAUGGUACUUUUCAGAGUAUGAUGCAGCUACAAAGACAUGCAGACACAUUUUCUUUUUUUUUUUUUAGGAAUUCAGAAAAAGAAAGCUGUCACGUAAUGGCAUCAGGCCAGAGUGGAAAGGGAAGGCUUUUAAAAAUAAAAACCCCAGUUAAGACCUUGCCUCUGGGUCACCUAUUGGUAUAAGAAGAAACUUGCUGUAAACAAUCCUAAGAGGAUUUCUGCCUUCAGACCUGAACUGUUCAGUACCUCUGAGACUCACUUAGACAACUGCAUUCAGUAUUCCAGUUCUCACCUCAACCAGCCCCUCUGUGGAGGCACAACCUCGGGUGCCCUCCCUGUAUCUGGAGGAAUGUGCAGCAGCUUCUGCAGUGGGCCUGCUUUCCUCCCAGGAUUCCUUUCGGGGUUUGGACAUUAACUCCUGAGAGGACCUUGAGACAUACAAAAGGAAGCAAAUGGCAAGCAGGAAGGACAGCUAUUUUGUUUUUUGUUUGUUGGUAUAUGUAAAUAAAAACACCUAUCCCAUCA